AUGGCCCGAUUAAAAGCCAUAUCUUUGUUCAUAUCAAUUAUACUGGUAAUUCCUUUAACAAAAGGUAAGAUAAGACUCUUUUCUAUGUUUUACUUAGUUUUCAGAUAAUAAUAUUGAAUUUGAAUAGUAUUUUUUGAUCAAAUCUCUUUAAAAUAUUCUAUUUUUCCCUAUAUUGACUUAUUUUUCCAACUUCUAGCCUGUUUCCCAGCGUUUACCACGCCCCAAUACUAUGCCCCACCGCCAACCCAGUACUAUUAUUAUCAACAACAACCCCAAGUACCAUAUGCAGCUAGUCGUACCCGCUUAUCACCCAAUAAUCACCAGUUUUCGGAGCAAAAAGACGAUUCGCCAGUGACUUCUGGAGGUAACGAUUGUUUGCAAAAGUUCGAAAAUCAAAAACUAAUCUGUGCUGAGCCGAUUGAACGUCGUACUGAGACUAGUGAGGACGAAUGUCAACAGCUUUGUGAUACUGUGCAGUGCAAGAGCUUUCAAUUUGAUUCGGCCACUUCUGGUUGUGAUGUGUUUCAUGUGAGUUGAUGGAGGGUGUAUAAUAUAAGUUGAUAGGGCUGUAGUACAACAUAAAAAAAGAGUGAAAAAAAAGUUAAAUUUGUAUUGAAUCGUAUAAACAAACUUAAAAAUUAUGUUUUUUUAAAUUUUUUGUGUUAACACAGUUUUCCAAUAUUUUUGUGACGCUUCGUCCACAAAUCCAAUAAUAUUGUGACACUUCGUCUAACUUUUUCAAAAAUUAAUAAAAAUUUUACAAAAUCACAAGAAAAGCCUUUUCAGGUUGAUAACCAAAACAGUCAGCCUCGGAAUCCGUUCAACGAUCGUGAACAAGGCUUCAGACACAAGCGCUACAAUGAGAUCACUAAAACAACCGUUGGGCACGUCAAAAGAAUAUUCAAACGGGCGGCGACAAACUUUGACGACAUUUUCCGUGAUUCUCUGAGGACUUUACCGUGAGUUUUUAAUGGUUCUGAGGCUUUUUUGGGCAUUUAACAGGUUUUGGAUAUUUUAGUAGGUUUUUGUGAGGAUUUUUUGGUUUUUAAAUAAUAAGAGAUUGAUUUUGGUGGAGAAAUCAGUUAAUUGUGGUAAAAUACGUCAUUGAGAGCGUACAGAAGGCUGUCUUACUUUGUAUUUUGAAGAACAAAAAAUUUUAGGUAAUAAACGUAAAAAUAGAGAUCAUGGAUAAUAUCACAGGCCAUAUUCAUCUUUCUUUUACGUAAAAUCACGUUAAAAAUCAUUUUUAUCAUAAUUCAUAUCAAUAUCUAACCACUCUCCACCUUUCAGAAACGGUGAAUCGGUAACCUCUUACUGCAGCCCCUCGUUAGUCUCCUCCCCCGGCUAUACCUACACAUUGGUCGAUGAAGAUUGCAAGUUGUCGAUAAAAGAAGGCCUGAUCCAUGGUGCACAUGAUGAGUUCGUAGGAGCUAUAGAAUCCUUUAAUUCUGAAAAUGGAGCUUUAAAGACGCCGAGUCAUCGGAAUCCGGGUCCAGUACAGGUUGUCAUACCUGAGACUCCGGACUGUGCUGAUGGUAACAAGGCCAGAGUUCAGUUGAUCGAAGGGAUCAAGUUGAUUGAUGCUGUUGCAGUUACUACGGUUCAGUUGGACAAUCCUGAAAUGUGUCUUCAGGUCUGUAGGAUGAAUGCGGUGAGUUGGGAAAUGGCCCUGUAAAGGGGCGGGGCUUGGUUUGUGCCACAAUCUUUCGUUGUGGGACCAAAGCUGAGCUCUUGGGGCCUUUAUUACGACUCGGCCUAUGGGAUCGCAUGGUAAGGAAAAUCUUAAAAUUCAAAAUUUUAGCACCUGGACGGUACCCGCUUCUCCAGAGGUUGUAAAUCAGCUGUUUUCGACCGGUCAAAUGGCAAAUGUAGUAUAUACGGCGAAGUGAUAUCACCCAAUGGAGACCUCAACUAUCAUCCAGAUCCCAACUCGGUUUAUUUUGAAAAAUACUGUAUGAAUGGUAAGAAAAAUGUCAUUUUUUGUGUAAAAUACGGUAUUUUGGGAAGUUUUAUGGAAACAGAGCUAUUGCGGGUAAAAUAUGGUAUUUAGCUAUAGUAAAUUACCUUUUUCUACUUCAGUAAAGUGCUGGUUUUAACUAUAGCAGAAUACUGUCUUUACUAAAGUAAAAGUUAUUACGUUUUUAGCGUCAGAACUUCCAAUAUCAUGCGAUGAUGUUAUCCACCGUAUACCUCAACAUACCUUGGAUAAGCGAGCUAUUGGUACUGGAACAGUAGUGACCACAGCUACUCAAAUCGACUGUAUUAGACAGUGUAUCACAGCUAAGGUAAGUUUCGUUACUUUAAUUAAUUUGGCUUCUAUAUUCGUGGGGGGGGUGCCGAAGGUUAAGUUAUAUCAUAUACAGGGGUUCUACUGUAUUUUGUGAGAUUUACUAAAUGAAAUAUAUCAUUUUUGUUAACUUUCAGCGUCGCCACAACUUUGAAUGUCGAGCUAUCUCUUACUUCUUUGAUUGGCCUUCCGAGAAUUGUUAUUUGAGUCGCUUCACUCGGAUACAAAGACCUGAUGUCUAUGUUCCAGAGAGGAAGGAGCUGGUCGAUUACUUGGAAAUGCCUCAUUGUUUUGGAAAUACGAUUGGCAAUAGUAAGUAA